AUGGAACUAAAUUAUUCCAAAUUCAAGAAUAAAGGAAAAAAAGUUAAUAUUCUACCCAAAAAUGGGAGAUGUUUCAUAAAUGAAAUAGCAGUGGAAAUUCUUUCAUACAUUUUUUCAAAUCUCGAUCCGAUAAUUUUGAGCAAAGCUUCUCGAGUUUGUAAACACUGGAGACUCGUGAUAAGCGAUGAUAAUUGCUGGAGAAAUGCAUUUUUACGAUUUUUUGGAUGUGCUCCAUUUAGGAGAUUAACUAAAGAUAGUUGGAAAAAUGAAUAUAUUGCUCGAGUUAACUUGCUCAGAAAAUGGAAAAAAGGAAAAGGGUCAUUAAUAAGUUUUGAUACAAAAGUUGGUAAAAUUGAUGAUUUGUAUGUUGAUUUUGAUAAUUCUUGGAUGUUGACAGGAUCAUCAGAUAGAGGAAUAGUUGCAAGGUGUAACCCAAAAACUGGAAAAGUAAAUAAAGAUUUAAUAUCUACAAGUGGAAAUAUUGUUCGUCCAAUUUCUGCCUUGUUAGUUGAUAGAAAUGCUUCAGAAAGAUAUUAUAAAAAGCUUUAUGAUUAUGGAUCUCGUUCAGGAUGUGUAACUUCAUUGGCUCGGGACAGAAAAUAUGACAAUAUAGUAGUUAGUGGUAGUUCAGAUGGUGUGGUAAAGCUAUGGGACACUGGUAAAUUAAUGUGUACCAAAAAUUUCAGAACCAGCUCUAAUUUUGAAGAUAAUUCAAAGGUUACCAUUAUAAAAUGGAAUGCUCGAAAAUGCUUGAUUGCAGGAACAGAAAAUGGCCUUAUUCAUAUAUGGUGGUUUGAUGCAACUGGUUUAUUUCAGAAAAAUAAUAAUAAUAACUCCCAGACAGAAAUUCCACAUAUGAUAAUUAAUGAUAAUUUCGAUGAAUCAAAUGAAAUUUUGUCAAUACAUUAUCACGAACAAAUGGAGUUUAUAAUAGUUACAUACAAAAAUUCCUAUGAAAUUAAAAAAUACGAUUUGAAAACUUUAAAAUGCAUCACCAUAUUUAAACAAGGUCAUUUUGCCAAUAUAACAUGUACAACAGUAGAUUUGCAUGACGAGUCACCUAACGAUAAAGAUGUUGUUAGAGAUGAUAGCGGUAAUCAUAACUGUAAUGACAUUAUUGAGAAAACUUUAGUAUCAUCAAAAAAUCUUCUUGCAAGUGGUGAUUCUGUUGGUACUGUAUGUUUGUGGGAUGUGGGUUUAAGAAAUAGAAAAGAUAAAGAUGACGGAAAUAACAAUAAUAAUGAUAGCAAUCAGGAAUGUUUGUUUACUAAGCCGUUAAGAAUUUUUAACAAUAAUCUGUUGUCACCUAUCACAUCUCUCCAUAUUGAUGCUUUCAAGUUACUGGUUGGCAGUUCUGACGGCAGUGUGAGUGUAUGGGAACCUUUAACCUCAUGUUUAAUUCGUACAUUGAAUCAAAAUUACAAAAGAUUACCGAAUAGAUAUCAGACACGAUUAUUGGAUGGAGAAUUAGCUGUAAAUUGCAUUUAUUCGAAAGAUUAUCAAAUAGUAUUCAGUACUGGUAGUACAAUAAAUUCUUGGGAUUUUACAUCUGCUACUGGCUCAACAAAUCAAAUUAAACAAAAAAAGAAGUCAACAUCAAUAACAACACCCAAAUAUCUAAGUAGAAUCGAAUUACAAAACGAUGUGAAAGAGUCAAAGAAACUGAUCGAACAAGAACGUAUAGAAAAAGAAAAAUCUAUUUUAUUUCUAAAUAAAUUUUCGCCUUUAUUAGAUUUAACAGAUGAUGAAUUGUUAGAUUAUGCUAUGAUUAUUUCUAAAGAUGAGAGUAAUAAUAAUCAAAAAAUUGACGAGUGUGAGGAGGAUAAAGGAAUCAGAGAAGCAAUUUUGAGAUCAUUAGAAAUUAGUGGUGAUGCUGAUGCUGAUACUGACGAGUGUGAAGAUAAAGGAAUCAGAGAAGCAAUUUUGAGAUCAUUAGAAAUUAGUGGCGAUGCUGAUGCUGAUGCUGACGAGUGUGAGGAUAAAGGAAUCAGAGAAGCAAUUUUGAGGUCAUUAGAAAUUAGUGGUGAUGCUGAUGCUGGUGAUACCAGUGAUAUUAAAAAAAUGUAA